UAAGAAAAGAAGAAGAGGAGGCAAAUAAAAAAAGAAAUUUCAAAAUUUGAAAGAAAAAAAUUAAAGAAAAGAGAAAUGUAAUAAUUGAAAAUUUGUUUAUAACCCAAGAAUGAUUGAUUGGAAAAUUUGUUGGAAAUAAUUGUGUAAGUGUGUGUGUGUGCAAAAUAUGAGAUCCAAAUAAGGACACAGGAUUGCGCCCUGAUCUGAAUGAUAACUGAUGCUUGUUCUUCUUCAAACCAGAUUCUUGGGUGGAUUAUUGUUACAUAAAAAAUAAUAAAAAAAAACCAAACAAAAUUACAAACGUCGAAGAAAAUAAUUUCCAAACGAAAAAAAAUUUAGAAAAUAUCGAAAGCAAUGAAUAAAAAAAGAAAAGUGAAAGAAAAUUCGUGAAAAUAAGGAAAAACCAAACAAAACCGAAAAAAAAUCCCAGAAACAAAACAAAAAAGAAAAGAAACUCGAAAAGAAGAAAAAAAAAUACUUGCAAAGCAGAUGUGUUGGCGGUGACAACAGGACAUCAGCAGCAUCCUCAAAUAGAAGCUCGUUUAGAGAGGACAUUUGCCAGUGAUUGACAGUUUCACUGGCUGGCUGGUUGUUGGAUGUCAUCAGGCUUGUUGGCUGCAUAGUUGGGCAGAGAACGAAAGAGAACGAGAAACAGAGAGAGAGCAGAAACGACAAAAGGACAUACGUUCGUCGUUCCGUACUACAUUAUCUUCUAUGUGUGUGUGCGUGACGUCAAAAAAUCAAAAUUCAUUUGUUGUUAUACAUAGAUAUUUAAAAAUUGUUGUACAACAACAACAACAAGAAUUCUGCAAACUCACGGGCUAAGCCCUCCCCCCCUUUGCAAAAGAAGACAAGAAAAAAACUUACAACCCAAGUAAGCAGCAGCCGCCAAAGAGCUUAGACCCAGCCUGCGGAGAGCCAGCACCACUGUAAGUGCGUGUGUGGUGGAUUUUUUACGUUUUCUUUCACCUCCCAGCCACCAAGCAACCACCCGCACAAGAAUUUUGUACACCUUAGCGCCAGCUGUAUUAGUAACACCAUCAUCAUCAUCGCCAACAUGGAGCAGCCCAGCAUACUGGUUAGGAUUCUACACUCAAUACCGCAUGUGAACUACACAUUUCAGCGGGUUAAUGACACCUUCAAUCCGGACAGCGAUGUUUAUCUUGAGAGUCUGGGCAUCUUAGCCUCAAUACCCGCCGGCCUGCUGAUAUUAUCACUUUUUGGUUUACUCCUAUAUCUGCUGACACGCUGCUGUGAUCGCAAGCCACGAAAGCCCAGUGCCCAACGCUGUCAAAGUUGUACCCUGGUAAUAAUUACAUUAAUGACAUGCGCUUCAAUAGGUUUAGGUCUCUAUGGUAAUGAUGAUUUCCAUAACGGCUUGCUGCAAGCAUUCAGUUCCGGCAAGCAAGUAGAAGGACUUGUAUUAAGUUUGAAACGACAGACUGAAGCCAUUAAAAAUGAUCUCGAAACGAAAAUGCUUCAACAUCGCAUUGAGGCCCAAAUCGAAAAAGUCCAAUACAAUCAAACGGCCGUAAUGCUGCUAAUUGAAACAUGCGGUCUGGUACGUGAGAAUACCUCACGAGCGGUCACCAGCUUGGAUAAUAUGGUGCUGUAUUUCAUGAAGACCAAGGGCAGUGAGAAUGACACCUCCCUGAUGGGUCUGUUGCAUUUGGGCGAACUCUACGAAUCGAUACGAUGGCCGGCCACCUUGGGUUUCCUCACAAUCCUGCUAUUGUUGUGUACAGUUUUGGUUAUAGGCGUGGCCCGACGUUCACGCUGUGCUUUAAUCUUCUUUAGUGUGGCCGGGCUCUUCUGCAUUAUUUUGUGCUGGCUACUGGCCGGGGUGUAUCUGGCCUCAUCGGUGGCAGCAGGUGAUUUCUGUAUGCGUCCGCAUGAGUAUAUGUGCCGACAGGUUGGCAUGCGAAGUCCUUAUGUCUACUUCCUUAACUGUGGAACUUUGCGUAAUCGUUUUAUUUUACGCUUAAAUGAAUCUCGAGAUUUGGUGGAACGGGCCAGAGAAUCUGUCUCUUUAAUACAAAGAAUGAGCCAGGAAACCUAUCCCCGCAUUGAUGUGCACAAAACCCUGCAAGCCAUGGACAAUGAUUUGGAGGAAACCAAACGCAAUCUCACCGUUCUAUCCGCCACCCUGGACAGGCGGGCCAUUGAUCGCCACUACUCCGAGGCCCUGAAGGGUUUGUGUGGCGGUGGCCUGCUGGGCCUCAGUCUCAUGAUGGUGGCCGGUUUGCUUACCUCAUUUUUAUUCACCAUAUUGGUGUAUGCUGAUUCACAUGCUUGGAUUUAUUUAAGCAAGAGGAGGCCUUCUCUGGAUGCCGAUAAAUCGGAAACCGCCCCCCUAUUCCCCUCGAAUGCACCAAGUGCCAAUAUCUCACCCACAGCGCCAGCCCAUCACACCGGCACCCUGAAUCGUACCCUGCUGCACCAUCAACAGGCCCAUGGCAUGGGUGUGGGCUCCAGCGGCACAUUGGGUGGGGCAACACGCAGCAAUGGCACCGCCAACGGAUUGAGAACAGGGUUCGCAUCAUACAACACUCAUCAUGCUCAUCACAAAACUAACACUAUACAGGGUGGCGGAGUGGGCAGUGGUGGCAAAUCAUCGCCCUCACCGCCGCCACACUAUGAUGUUGUGGUGCAUGGCACAAGAUCCUCUUCGGGUCAUCACACCUUGGGACGGCUACCAUCCCAUCAACAAUCGAGUUAUCUGGCGGGACCCAACAACGGCAAAUACGCCACCCUCAGCAAACAAUGUAAGACUUUGGAAGCCAACGAUUUUAGAGAUUCGCUUGCCUGCAACUCCAAUGCAGGCAGUAGCAGUAUUCGACUUAACAGCAUCACCACAUCCACCAUCAAUGGGUUGGGAAGAAAUUCGAUUAAGAGUAUGUUCGCCUCGGCCACGCUGCCGCGUUCGGCGGGCUCUUCGCUGCGUUCAGUGCUGUCGGCGCAGACCACCAACACGGUGUGUCGUUCAACUGGCAAUGGUCUGGAUUUGGAUGACGACAAGGAUCCCAGGGAUGUUUCGAAUAAUAGCUUUAAUCGUUUCGAUCCCAAGUACAUAAGCAUCGGACCCAAGGCGGUGAGGGGUAACAAUAAUCUGAAUGUCUUGGCCGCUGCCACGGCGAAUAAAUGUGCCACCCUGGGUCGGCCACAUGGUGUCCGCUAUGGUGGUUCCCUGCGCGGCACCAGUCCUUCGCCGAAUCUACGCAGUGCCAAGACACCCUCGAUUGCUACGGUCUCCAAAGAUUAUUGUCCCCAACCGGAUUGUAUACCCCAGUCGUAUAAUGUCGGUGCAACCGAUGUUAUUGUGCCACCGUCUCAAGCGGUCCAACCUCCGCCACCGCCACUGCCUCCACCAAAACCCAAGAACACCUUCACCGAGAUACCGGGUACCACAGGCGUGGGCAGUAUUUAUGCCAAAGAACAACAGCUGCAACAGCAACAACAAAUGCAAAUGCAACACCACCAACAACAACAGCAAUAUCAAUUACAGGAGAUCCAACCGGUGCCGGCAACUCCCACAGUCCAACAGAGGCCAUUGCCAGUGCAACAUCAUCCACCGACCACUCAUAUUUUGCCACCGUCUGCCGUCUACAGCAUUGAAAGCUCAACGUAUCAGCAGCAGCAACAACAGCAGCAACUCCAGCAACAACAACAACAGCAGCAGCAACUCCAACAACAACAACAACUUCAGCAGCAGCAACAAAAACAAUUACAGCAACAGCUACAAGCCCAAGAUACAGCAGUACCACCACCUCCACCUCCCACUCAAACCAUUCCCUCCCGACCUUUGCCUCCCCAGCCCAGCUCGGCAAGCAGCAAUUCGGCAGCCACGCCUCUCUUACCCUUGCCCCGCUCGCUCAAUCCCAACUCCAUUGUAAAUCAACCCUUGCCCGAUAUACCCACCCAGACGCCACAGCCUCCCUCGAAGAUUUCACCCCAGCCUUUGUGUGCAGCCAAUCUGAAUCAGUAUCGCUCGCUGCAGAGGCCUCAACAAAACAAACUGCAACUUCAGGCACCCACUCAACAACAGCAACAACAACUUCAACCUCCUAGUUUGCCACCCAAAAAUCGCCACAAAAGCCGUGAGCACAACUCCAAUCAAGCUCUGCAAACCUUGCCCCCCAAAUCCAGUAGCCUAAGGCAACAACAAAGUGCCCCCAUUAUUUCUUAUGAACCCGAAAGGGAUCGCGACCGGGAACGCGAACGUCGCGAAAAGCACGAACGUGUACGACGUUCGGAAACCUUGGAUAAUGCCCGGUCAAAUGCGGCCUACAUGGACUCGCAUGGCAAGAAGCAACAUUCUUAUGACAGUGGUCAGGCGCCUCCCAGCUUUCGGCCGGCCACCACGCCCAACAACAAUUUCCAUCACAGCAGCAGCAGCAGCCUGACCGCCAAGCAACAGCAGCAGCAAUUGCAGCAACAACAACUGCUGGCCGAGGCCCAACACCAACAACAGCUCUAUUAUCGCUCCCUCAAACGUGGUGGCUCCCAGGCCAACAACGACAUGUACUCGGUGACGGAGUUGUAGGAAUGCGCCUGCUGCGGCGGAGGUGUAGAUGUUGUGAGGCGCACCAAGUGCACCACAGCAUCCACCACCUCGGCCGUAGCGUUGGCAAAUACUCCCUGUGCCGCCCCCAUCCCCUUACCGCCCAAAAAGCAUCAACGUUCCUCUUCGAGUGGCCGAGAGCCGCGUGAAUCAUCGGUGACCUACAACGCCAACAAAUGUGAUGAACACGAAUACGACGAAUACUGUCCGGGUGCCUAUGAACCGCAACACCACCAUGCCACGGUCCAACCAGCCAGAUCCACACAUAUAUCCACCUCCUCAAGUUCAACAACCAAAUAUCAGCAAAGAUCGGCCACCUUUGAUGUGGCCGAUGCCCGAGACUACGAGCUGAAACGGCUCGGCAACCGUCGUUCCCAGUCUCAGCAGGCGACUAAUUUGAAACUGAAUCGAAAUGGUGGCAUGUUGACGGGUGACCAUCACCGUGGUGAGCGUAGCCAUGAUCGUGAGAGGAGUCGCAGUGAUCAUCGCAUUGCCUCGUAUGCCUGUGAUGAUCAUGCAGGUUAUCCCAGUACCGGUAGCAUGGGCAAUGGUGGCCUCAGCAGUCACCAUCAUCAUCAUCAGCAGCAACAACAACAACAGCAGCAACAACAACACCAGCGACAACAGCAACGUCGUGAAAAAACAUUCAAAGUAUGAUUUUUAGAGACGUCAUAAAAAUUUAGCCCCACUGCCGAGGGGUCACCAAACGACACAGGAAAGCGAGUCCAGACCAUUUAUGUGGCCACAUGGUAGAUGAAUGGUGGGUCGACUCGGCUUGGAUUUGGUGGCUGGUAAAAGGUAACCAAAGUGGUGGCGGCAAAAUAGGAACGGUUUCCUCAUAAUAAUAAUGAUGAUAAAGAUGAUGAUAAGAAAAACACAAAUGUAACCUCUCAAUUGCUGGAAAUUGGAAAAAAGCUAUAUUUUUAGUUCAAACCUGGAAAACAACAAGGGAAAUUGGCUGGCAGGGCAAAGGUGCGGCAUACAAACACCAUAUUAUUUGCAAAGAACAUUGCUGGGAAUUGGAAAACAAUGGAUAUUUUUAGUAAAAAUCUGUGGAAAAUAAGGAAAAUUUUCUUCGUGACAAAGGAGAAGGAUUUUCCAAUUUAUUUGAAGAUGAGUAAAACUAUGUUUUAUUCCUUCAAAUUAAAGAAGAGAUAUGUCCUGUCAUGUCCUCCAACUUCCAUUUACCUGAUAUUUUUGAGCACCUUGGACACCUUGCUGCAAAAAUCCUGAAAUAAUUGCUGUUAAAAAAUUGUUAGCUAGCUGCUGAAAGUUGUUUAAUUUUUUGCUGCCAGAGCUGUGAAAACAAGAAAACGUAUUUAAGUGUAAUUUUUAGAGUGUAUUUUGUUAGCCUCUCUCUCUAUCUGUCUCUCAUAUCUUCUAGCUAUCCCCUCUUUAUGUGUUUUAUGAUAGAAAUUAACUGUUAUUAGAUACGAAAAAAUGUAGUGGAGUUACAAUUGUGACAACCUCAAAACCUCAUUUACUCAGUCAUUCAUUCACGCAUUAUGAAAAAAACAACUGGGGUUACAGACCUAAAUUUGUAAGAAACCUGGUCAUACAUCAGAAGAGUUACUCAAUUUUCUUUCAAGUCAUUAAGGUCCAAUUAUGAGAUCACUCAAGAACAGAACAAACUAUUUUCUGAAUGUAAACAAAUGAUGAUAUGAUGGAAUGAUGGAAUGAUAUGUUAGUCCAAACUGAUGUAUGGCCAGGCCACUUAAUUCAAAUUGAUGACCGUUAUUCAUGGCAAUUGUCAAACCCUAGCUAAAACUUCUUUAUACACUCUCAUACACACAAAAUAUACUUCUAAAAAAACAAUACAAACAACAACAACACCAUGCAAGAGAUAUUAAACAAAACAACAACACCAACUCUUUAUUGGAAUCUCUUUUUAAAUGAAAUCGUUUUCGUGCUCACACUCUUUACCACUGGUUAUUACUGGCUCCGUAUUGUUUUGUGUGCAAUGCUCUAAUGAUUUCUUCCCUGUCUCUCUCUAAGGAAAACUCUCACUCUCUAUCUCACGCAAACACCCAUGUAUUAUUAUUCUGAUGGAUUUGAUGUUACUAUUAAGUUAAAUGUUGCCAUUUGCUUAUGAAAAUAACUAUGUUUAGUUACGUUAAGUAUUGUUUUAUUUUAAUUUAUGAUAUUUUUUUUAUAAUUUAGAAAUGGUAUAAUAUGGUAUAUUGUAAUAAUUCUUCUCGACUCUUUGUAACGGCCAAUACCUAAUGAAUGGCCACACAAAACAAGAGAACAUAAUGACAUUUGGCCUAAUCCUAAAGUAGCAUGGCCACACAAUAAAUUCAAUGAUUUUCUUGAUUUAUCAAUAUAUUGCAAUAUACAAUAUUAUUCCCCUGAUUUAUUUUUAUUAUUUAAUUAUUGUUUGUUAUAUAAUAUGUGAAAAAAAAAUACAAAAAAAAUCUAAUUUAGCAAAAAUCAAAAACAAGCCAGAUGAAGAAAAAUAAAAUGUUAUCGCACACCAAAAGGAAAUUGGAAGCAUUUAUCAAAAAAAAAACUAAACCAAACAAAAUUCAAAAAUUAUUAUUAUGAAUACCGUUGCGAAAUGUCAAACGUGGAAUAACAAAUUUUUGUGACGUCUAUAAAUAAAACAGUAAACAAAGAACAACAACAUCAACAA